GCUCAUCGCGCGGGCCUGCCCGUCCUCGGCGCUCGGCUCGGCAUGCCUGCGGCGCUGCCAUGGAGACGCGGCCCUGCGGCCAACUGGCGCCGCCUGGGUCUGCGCCUCGCCCCGGCCCGGGCGUCGCGGAGACCCCACGGCGCGGGGCCUCCCAUGCCCGGAGCAGGAAGAAGGCGCUGGUGCUGGUGAGCACCAGGCGGCCCUCAGCCUGCAGCCGAGGACCACCUGGGGGAAGCGCUGCAGACCAGCCUGACCAGGAGCCCCGAGCAGACGCUGGCUCCACACCUGGCGGCGCCCCCAUCACCCCGCUGCGCGGAGCCGCCCCAGGCUCCCGAGGGGGCAGGCGGCCAUGGGCGCUGCCAGGGACUUCUGUCGAGCUGCACAGUGCCCUUCCGGUGGGCACCUCUUUUCAAGUUAGGCGGGCCAAGGCCUGGUGUCGGCAUCGCAGCAGACACUUGAUGAAUCCUCCCCCUCCCCCACCCCUCAGGUAGGUGCCUGGUCCCGGUCAACGCCACACCCAACACAGUGCACACAGCUGUCACCCGGAGCCACGCUUACCCGCUUGUCCUCUCACGGAAGGUCUUAGGUGUCUUCAGAAUGCUCAGCGGCUCCUCUCCAGCGUCCCCGCAACACCACCCUCGCCAGGGUGCCGCCCCCCAACUGCCCGAACCCUCGUCUCAACCAUCACAUUAAACAAGGAACCAACCCUCAGACCCGCAGCUGGAAAGGGUGCACCUCGGAGCGGUCGGUGCCGCCGCGAGGACCGCCCCGGCCACAGCUCAGGAGCGGCCCGGCGCUGGCCCGGGAUGAGCGGCCGGGUCCCGCUGGCGGAGAGAGCCCUGUCGGAAGGCCACGCCCGGCGGCGGUACAGGGACGCCUCCCUGCUCAUCUGGCAGCAGCAGCAGCGGGAGCUGGAGUCGGUGCCGCCCGGGACCUACCUGAGCAGGAGCCGCAGCAUGUGGUACUCACAGUACGGGAACGAGGCCAUCUUGGUCCGAGACCGAAACAAGCUCGAGGUCUCCCGGGACACGGGCCAGUCCAGGUUUUGCUCAGUGAUGUGACCGCCCUGUGCGAACCGGGGCCCGGGUGCCCGCGUGAGCCUGGCCGCCUUCCCGCCAGCUGCCUGUGGCUUCCCAGGCCUCACGGGGAGGCCGCGUAGUGAACGUGAGGACCCAGCGACGGUGCAGGAACCUGUGGCCCCAGGUUCCGAGCCGCUGGGCAGUGUCGUGCGGCUGGUCGGCUGGCCUCCAGCUGUCCGGGUGCUGCGGGCCCAGCAGGCCGGGCACCCCGCUGGGUGUGCUUUUCAUAUUCGAGAAACCAACCAAGAGGGCACCCUGCUUACCAACCACCUGUCCAAGCUUGGGAGGUUGUGUUUGCUUUCUUGUCAUUUUAAUUACGGUGACAUUCAAUAUCAUAUCAGUUUCAGGUAGUGGGUUGCUUUUUUAAAAACAUGUUUUUAUUGAUUUCAGGGAGGAAGGGAGAAGGAGAGAGAGAUAGAAACAUCAAUGAUGAGAGAGUCAUGGACCGGCUGCCUCCUGCAGGCCCCCUACUGGGGAGCAAGCUCACAACCUGGGCCUGGGCCCUGACUGAGAAUCGAACCACGACCUCCUGGUUCAUAGGUCGAGGCUCCACCACUGAGCCACGCCGGCCGGGCGGCCGUAGGUUACUUUUAUGUCCACUUCUGCCUGGUGACGAAUGAUCUAGCAAAAGGUGAAGGAGCAGGCAUCACCCGGUGGGAAGUCUACCUGCAGGACCAGGAUGUCACGCACAGGCCGACACAACGCACUGGCUCCCGAACACGUGAGGACUGCGGCCAGCGCGUCCCAUGAACAGUGAGAAACCCGGAAGCACCUUCCAGUCGCCCCAGUUCCUUGCGGGCGGGGCUGGGACGGCAGGUUCCGGACGGACCGUAUCAGCGGGGCCGAGGCUGCCGCCCCGCCAUCCGCAGCGCCCGGUGCCGGUCCCUGUCCCACGGCUGCUGUGUCACGUCCGCGUGCGUGGCUGUGCGCACGGGAAGGACCAGGCCGAAGCCGGUUCUUUUCUCAAUAAACACCCUCCAGG